GUUACGCAACUCUGGCGCUCUUAUUCUCUCUCCCUAAUUAAUACCCCUCUCCUUCUCCUACUCCUACUCCUUCUCCCUCUCCCGUUCUCUCGCUUCACCACUCGCUUGUCUUCGAUCUUCCUUCUCUGGAGUCUGAAAAUUUUCCAUUUCCUACACAACAGUUUCUCACUGACUGAGACAAGGUUGCUGACCGCCAAUCUGAUCAUGGGUUCUUCCGUUGAAAUCUCAGCCGACAGCUUGAGUUGCCUCUCUGAAGUUGCUCCUCUUGAAUUAGUACUGUUCGAUAUUGAUGGAACUCUAUGUGAUUCAGAUCCCAUCCAUUAUCAGGCUUUCCGUGUGAUGCUUCAAGAGAUAGGCUUCAAUGGUGGGGUUCCUAUUUCGGAGGAGUUCUAUAUGGAGAACAUUGCAGGGAAGCAUAAUGACGAUAUUGCUAAAGCUCUCUUCCCUGAGGAUUUUGAAAGGGGCUUAAAAUUUGUAGAUGAUAAAGAAGCUAUGUUUCGAAGACUAGCAAAGGACAAAUUGAAGGCUAUAGAUGGCCUUUACAAAGUGACGAAAUGGAUUGAAGAUCGAGGUCUGAGACGGGCUGCCGUGACUAAUGCUCCUAGACCAAAUGCAGAACAAAUGGUCUCAACUCUCGGCCUUUCUGAUUUCUUUGAGGCUCUUAUUAUUGGGGGAGAAUGUGAGCGUGCAAAGCCGUUCCCAGACCCCUACUUGAAGGCUCUUGAAGUGCUCAAGGUGUCAAAGGAUCAUGCUAUUGUCUUUGAGGAUUCUGUGUCGGGAAUUACAGCCGCUGUUGAAGCUGAGCUGCCGGUUAUUGGUUUGGCGGCCUGGAAUCAUGAAAACUUGAUGAAAGCCAAUCCUAUGUUUCUUAUUAAGGAUUACGAGGACCCAAAGUUGUGGGCCGCUUUGGAAGAGCUCGACAAGAAGGCAGGCAAAGCCUGAGGCUGUUAAUUACUACAUCAUUGAGCUACAGAAAAUAAUGUCCUCAAUUUAUGAGAGUUAGCUGAUUGUGGCCACUAAAUUGAACAAUCAUACAAUUCGUCACUGCUAAAUUGAGAGUUCAAAUUGCAGGCGGUACAUAGUAGCAAUACUUGUGGAGUGGAGAUUCCCUCUGUAUUACCAUGACCCUUUGCAUUUGGGGGUUUAAGAUAGAGUAAUUGCUCGUAUGGUUCUAAGUUUUUGCUAGUUUAGUUUCAGAGUCAAUACAAUUAGAACACAACUUCUUUCGAA